AUGGAAGCCCGGUUGGAGCCUGAGAUCAUUUUGUAUGACUUGGCUUGCACCCGAGGCGUCUGUUUCUCUCCCGUUGUAUGGCGUAUCCGCCUGAUGCUCAACUACAAGCGCAUCCCAUACCAGACUGUUUUCCUCGAGUUUCCUGACAUCGAGCCUACUCUCCAAGGACUUGGUAUAGCUCCUAGCGAAUCUCCAGGCUCAAGAUACACGGUUCCGGCGAUUCAUCAUGUGCCAACCAACACCUACAUAAUGGACUCGAGUCCGAUCUCCGUAUUUUUGGAGUCAAAGUACCCAGAUCCCCCUGUCCCACUGAAAUCAGAGUUGGGCCAGGAAGUUGAAUUAAAAUCACGAUCUGUGGCGGGAAAGGCCUUCCGGAGUUCGAUAAUGCCACGUGAGGUUGGUAUUCUGUCACCGCGUGCCCAGGAAUACUUCCGGCGUACCCGUGAAACGAUGCUAGGCCAUCGUCUCGAGGACCUUCUAGACCUUGAAAAGGAGGAGGAAACAUGGAGCUCCUUGGGCGAUGCAAUGAGCGCUAUCGGCAAAUUGAUUCAGGUCAAUGAAGCUGAUGGACCAUUUAUAAUCGGCGCACAGCCGACAUAUACCGACUUCUUCAUUGCAGGAUCGCUUCAAUCUGCGAGGAUGGUAGAUGAGAAGGUCUUCCAGAGAUUCACACAGUAUGCCGGAUAUAGGAAUGUCUAUGAGGCAUGCCUGCCCUACAUGGAGAAGAAGGACUGA